GUGACAACUUAUCGCGAGAUUACAUAUCAGCAAGGCAGAGAAAAUGGAAGGCUGUGCUAGCUAGCUAGCCGAGUGAAUCUAACCGUAACGGGGAAAUUAUCGUUUAUAUUGAAGGUACAUGGAGAGACAAGUGGAAUGACACUUAACACAUCCUGAAAGUUAGGCUUUGGCAGCUGUCAGCAUAUUGGUUCCAGAGCCUUUCCAUCUGUUGAUGUCAGUAUGGAAAAUAACAGCAUCGCAGAUGAUGAUGAUAAUGCAGGGGAACAGCAGAGCCAGACAGAGGGGGGAGAGUCGAGUGUUAGGCCAACCUUGUCCCAGGUUAAAAAGUCCUGGGGCUUCCGGCGGACAACCAUUGCUAGAAGGGAGUUCAUGGAGGAAGUUGGAGACCUAACACACAGCCCUCCAGUUGUACGGAGAGGGAGAAGUCGUCGAACCAACCAGACUCCACAGACCACUACAGACACCCGCGCAACCCAGAAAGCUACAUGCACAGCUAGGAGUGUUAUAGAUGACCUUGAGUGGUCUUCUCCAUCCUCACCUGCAUCAGAGGAGAGCAAGCCACCCUCAGAAGCUUCUGCAGGAGGGAGCCUUGACCCCAGCUUAUGGCAGGAUUUUGGGUCUGCCUUCCACACUGCCUUCUCACUGCUUGGUGGGAAUGAGGGCAUGUCACUGGACAUGCCAGAUACACUGGCAGCCCCUGACAUUUUGGAGGCUACUGAUGCCAUCGAGGACCUUCCUCCACAGGCUAUAGAUGAAGCUGAGGCGCCUAGUAAUUUGGAAUCUGCUGAUGACAUGGACAUUUCGCAGCCGCUUGCUCCUGACAAUGUGGCGGGAAGAGAAGUAGAUGGUGUGGUGUUGAUCUCUAGUCAAGAAGAGGACAGUGACGAAAUGACUCUGUUACAGAUUAAGGAGCAGCUUGCGAAUAAAGGCAGGCAGGGAGACAUGAAAGCGAGAGGGGGGAAAGGUGGAAGAGGAAAGGCUAGAGGAAGGGGGAGAGGCAGAGGAAGAGGUAGGGGAAAAGGGAGAGGAAGGGGCAGAGGGAGGGGCAGAGCAGUAGAGCUUCAGUCAAGCAUUGCAGAUGAUGUGGACAGUGAUGAUGAGGUGAUGUUUGUCAGUGCAGCUGAGCAGCAGGAGCAGCAGCAGCAGCAGCAGCAUCAGUUGCAACAGGUGGAAAAGGAAAAUGAGCCACACAGCCCUGCUCAAAUAGAGAUAUCGCCUGCUCACUCUGAUGUCAACCUGAGUCCUGCACAGCGAUCAAACUCAGACUGCAUAAUCAUAGACACCGAUUUAGACCAGAUUACUGAUGUAACUCCUGGCCAGUAUGACGAUGCAAUAGAGGAGGAGGAGAAGAAAGAUGAUAAAAAUGAAGGAGAGUAUUCAAGCAUAUCGGACACUGAGGGUUAUAACGCCACUGCUCUUUACUGUAUCUGCCGACAAAAACACAAUAAAAGGUUUAUGAUCAGCUGUGACAGUUGCCAGGAGUGGUUCCACUGCGACUGCGUUGGUAUCAGUGAGACACAGGGCCGUAAGAUGGAGAGGAAAGGGCAAGAGUACAUCUGCCCACCCUGCACUACAAAGAAGCAGCUUCAGUCUGAGCCUCUCCCUCAACCUGAGCAAGAGCCAGAGCCUGAGCCUAGCUUUCCUGAAUGUGUGACACUAAGUCCCUCCUGUGAAGAAGCGGAGGGGCGUGAGGAGCAGCCGGCCCUCAAGGAGACUGUGGUGGUGGAGGAGGCUCCUGUAAAGAGGCCAGAGCCUGAACCCAAAGCUGAGAUGGAGACGGAUAGCUCUCUUCCCCUGUGCAUUGGACCUGGGUGCUCCAAACAAGCCUUACCAGACUCUGUUUACUGUGGCACCGAGUGCAUCCUUCAGCAUGCUGCUGUCACUAUGAAGACACUAUCUGGCCCUAAGGUGCCUAAGCCCAGAGGACGGCCACAGAGAAAAGCUGCCACUGCCAAACCAACUGCAAAGGGUCAGAGGUUGGUUAGGAUGUCUAGGAGGUUAGCAGGAAAAGCUGAGGAGGAAGGUGAAGAAGAAGAGGACAUGAAGGAGGAUGAUGGAGGAAGUAAGGAGGCUGCAUCUCCCUUAGCCUGCGACCCCAGUCUCACAGAAGUUCAGGCCACUUCCAUACCAUCAUCUAAGUUUUACACAGCGUCUACAAUGGACAGUGAACAGAUAGGGACUGACAAUGAGGCUGUAACUCCUUCAACACAGUCCCCAGAGGACACUUCUACAGAUGCUGCUCCCCCUUCCCAGCCUGUCACUGAGCCAUUCCCACUACAAACAGACUCUGAAGAAAAAGCAAAGGAGCCAAUAAACAGUGGUGUGUCUAGGCAAAAAUCUGUGGAAUCCGAUCCCCCAGUACCACCCACCCCAGCAAAAUCUAGUCCCUCUCCAGUUGCACAAUCCCCAACCACCUCAGCACCCAGACAUCAUGAAACUGGGGCCCUUAUGGUCUCUAAGACCACAUAUGUCAUACCAAAGAAGCAGUCUGGACCUCAGCCUCCAUCUGUGUCAGUCUCAUCAUCAUCCCAGAAAUCAUCUUCAGCCCCCACACUGUUGAAUGAAACCAGAAACCUGCUGGUGCCUCCUGCGCCCAGUGCUCCCUCCUCCAGACCCCCUCAGCCCAACAACCAGGUCAGACAAAGCAUCCAGCGCUCCCUCACCAGCAUCCUGUUCAAAAGGGUGUGUGAUUGUGAGGAUUUGGAAAUGUCUGAAGGUGACGCUGCAAAGCUUGUUGCAAACAUUGAGAUGGAGAUGUUCGACAUAUUUCGCAACACAGACAGCAAAUACAUGAACAAGUACAGAACUAUAAUGUUCAACCUAAAAGACCCAAGAAACAAGGGCUUGUUGUAUCGGGUUGUACGUGGAGAAAUCAGUCCCUUCAGACUGGUCAGGAUGACUCAGAAAGAUAUGCAGGCUACCAAGGCACCAGAACCAAGUGCAAAAGAGUCACCAGAGGUUAAGGAUGCAGCUGCCAAAGCAACAACUCUGCCGAAGCCUGAAGCAGUGAAGGUUGAUUUGCCCAGUUUGAAUCCUGCUAAACCUGAUAGAAGAUCCAACAAAAGACCUGAUAACAUGGUUGCCUCCCAGGAACAGAAGAGAAGUCUUCCCACUCCCGCUCCUGCUCCUCCUCUCAAGACCAGAACAAGCCAGCCAAGCCAGAGCAGCGCUAUACCAGAUAUUCUCACCUGUAUGCUUAAGGACACAACAUCAGAACACAAAGCUCACCUCUUUGACCUGAAAUGCAAGAUAUGCACAGGCCAGAUACUAGCUGGGGAAGAGGAGGAACCUGCAAAGAAGAAACCAAAGGUUUCUGAAACAAGAGAUAAGCAUGAACCCUCUUGGAGAAAGUCUGCAGGGGAUGACUCCCCUCUGCGGGCACCACCUGACUCACCUGACUUGGAUUCUCCAACAUCUACCUUAACGGAUCCCUCAUCCCGCCUUAUCAUUGAUGCUCCAGCGUUAACUAUAGUAGAAUCCCCUGCUUCCCCCAUAAUGGAUUCUCCAGCCUCCCCUACUUUAGAGUCUCUGCUUCUCCUGUCACAGAUUCGCCUGCAUCCCCAACUCCAGACACUUUCCAAAGCUAAUACACAAAAGAGAGCAUAUACACCAGUUGUGAUUCCAGCUGUCUCCACUGUAACCAUCACAAGACGCGACCCCCGCACUGCAGCAAGCAGGUUCUCUGCUUUGUCUAGUACCACCUCUGGUCUCAGUAAAACAACCCAUAACCAAUCAGCCCUUUAUGCACCUCUCAAAGAGGCUAGCUCUGCCUCGCCCUCUGCACCAGUGUCCUCACUACCGCCAACAAAAACUUUACCUAAAUCUAUCUUAAUGAAGCCAUCUUCCUCAGCAGAUCCCAGACUCUAUGGCAUAUCCUCCAGGACCGUGAUCUCUGAAUCACCAGCUGAUGGUGAAACUGCUCAGUUCCUCGCUAAGCAAGAGAUCCUGUGGAAAGGCUUCCUAAACAUGCUCACUGUAGCCAAGUUUGUCACCAAGGGAUAUCUGGUUUCAGGAUCUGCUGAAAACCUUAAAGCGGAUCUGCCUGAUACCAUACAAAUUGGGGGACGAAUCAUGCCUCAAACAGUGUGGGACUAUGUUGCAAAACUGAAGACCUCCCUUACAAAGGAGUUAUGUGUGAUCCGGUUUCACCCUGCAACAGAGGAGGAAGAGGUGGCCUAUGUCUCCCUGUUUUCGUAUUUCAGCAGUAGAGGUCGUUUUGGUGUUGUUGCCAAUAGCAGCCGCUCCAUCAAAGACGUAUAUCUUGUCCCCCUCAGUGCAAAGGAAUCAAUACCAUCCAUACUACAACCUCUCGAAGGGCCAGGGCUUGAAAAAAACCGGCCUAAUCUUCUUCUGGGUCUGGCAAUCAUCCAGAAGGCAAAACGUCCAGGAAACUUGCCUCAGGAAAUUGAAGAGAAGAGACCCAAAGUUCAGAUGUCCAAAGACCCCAUGUGGAUCCCAAAACCUCCAGUCCUCUAUGGUUCUGACAAAUUGGAGAUAUUUCAACCCUAUGAUCCAGAGACUCCUGCUAGUACCACCCCUCCUGGUUCACCAUCUUGCCCUGGGUCACCAUCGGAUUCUUCAUCUUCUGGCUCAGUUACCAUACCAUCUCUUUUGACUUCCAUUAGAGAAACCCCUCCUUUUUCUACCUCAGUGGCUGUUGCUGCCACUCAGCCCACCUCCAGUAACAUUUCUGACAAGAAUCCCACAACAGAAUCUAGUAAUAAGACACCACUACAGACUAUCUUGAAGACUUUGUUUGGCAAUAACCAAACAGAAUCCACAGUCCCCUCUGAUGGAAGUUCUGUAUCAACAACAGUAAGUGCUAAGAAGAUCCCAGGGUUUUCUCAGGUGUCUGGAUCAAUCGUGGAUCUAAUUGUCCAGCAAUAUGGGCAGAAAUCCAAAGUCAAAGAGAUAGAAGAAGAGGAAAAUGAUUUUGACCGGCCAUAUGACCCAGAGGAGGAGUAUGAUCCAGCCAUGGGAUAUGCAGUGGUUGCUCCACAAAACAAAGAAAAAAUUAAGAGAGAUGGCGCUUCAGUAUCAGGCUUUGUAGACGAUGAUGUAGCCUAUGAUCCAGAGGAUGAGACUAUCUUCGAAGAUAUUCAAAGUGAUACUGUUGUAACAAAAGCCCCCACUCCAACUCAAACAUCAGAUUCUCCAACAUGCCCAACACCACUUUCCACCCAGGUUGUAACACCAGCUGCCACUUCAACUCCAGUGCAAACUUCUACCCCAGCUACAGUAAUGCAGAGCCUUCUUACAGGCACUGUGGUGGUCUCAGCUGCAACAUUGACAGAGCAACAGCGCAUGCUUGAGGAGCUAAAUAAACAGAUUGAAGAGCAAAAACGGCAGUUGAAGGAGCAGGAAGAGGCACUACGUCAACAGAGGGAGGCUGUGGGUAUGUUCAUGGCCCACUUUUCUGUUUCUGACUCCCUGAUGUCUCCACCAUCAAAAUCUCUGCCCCUCAGUCAACUAUCAUCUCUCCAGAGCAGCAUAAUGCAAACAGAGUCAAAGACUUCAGAAUCAACAGACAAGACGAGCAACCCAACAGAGACUGUGGACAAAUCAAAUGUGGAUUCCCAGCCUGUUAAGCUAGAACACACCACUUCCAUUCCUCAUCUAAAAAAUGACACUGAUACUGUUACAGAGCAAGAUGAAACACAGGAAAAUGUGGAGGAUAGUGACAAAUAUUCCUCUGCAGGAGAGAUUCAAGAUUCUGAUGUAGCUUAUGACCCUGAGGAUGAAUCACUUUUUAAUGAAAUUCAAGAGGAUGUAUUUCAGGGAGGCAGUGUAAAGACACGUGAUUUAUCAGGGCAUAGUGCCAGCCGCAAGGGUGCUACUUCAAGUUCAUACCACAGCAGAAAACGAAGGUCAUCACCAAAGAGGCGGAGUCAUCGUGAAAGGGACUCCCAUAGAAGUCCUUCAAGAAGGUCACAGCAGCGUUCUCCUUCACAUUCCCGGAGACGUAGAGAAAGGGAUAGACACAGAAGAAGUGACAGGGACAGGUCAAGGCAUAGAGCUAGAAACCAGUCCGAACGCCAGAGUCGCCAUCGUAAAGAGCAUUCUACUCACCGGCAUUCUCGUAGCCGUAAAAGAUCCCCAUCAUCUCCUAGAAAAAAAGAUUCUGUGUCCCUCUCACCAAAACAACACAGAGGGCCUUCUCCUCAGGUCCUUGAGAAACAUGUAAGUGUUCCAUGUAAUGCUCCAGACUCUGUUGUGGGACAAUCUGUAGAGAAUAACACAUCAUCAUCUACCGCAGUUAAAAGUGACCCUGAUGGACAUCAGUUAAAAUGCAAUGUUGUUGAGAGUCUUGAUAAAGACACUUCUCCCCAUUCACAUGAACAUAUUCAAAAUGUAAAGCUUGAGAUUUCAGAACCACCAAAAUCCCACAGCCUUCAAAAAACUUCAAACAAUGACCAUGAUGACACAGGUAGUGGUUCCUCUACACAGGCGGAUAAACCCUCUCAACAGGAAGUUCUGCUUAAGAACAAAAUUGAAAGUACAGUUCCUCUAAGAGAAAUUGAUCCACCCAUUCGAGAUUCUCCUCAGAGCCCUGAUCCAGAACCACAGUUCUUGAAACCUAGCAGCAUAGAAAAGAGUGACUCUGUGAAGACUGAGGAAAUCAGAGAUCCUGAGACACAUACCAGUGUCUUGAUGCCAUUUGUUAAAGCUGAAAAUGAUUGUCUGCCUAUUGGUAGUAAAGCAACAGUGUCCAAUAUAUUGUGGUCUACUGCGGGAAGUCCACGAUCAAAUCCUAGAAAUGUACAUUGUCAAGCCCCACAUCUUCAGGGCCCAGGUGUCAGAGAUCAGAGUAUGACAGAGGUAGACAAACAAAUAGAAGGGGGAAGUCCAGGCUUAAAGCAUUCGGAAAUGAUGAGUCAAGGCUCAGAUAUACAGGGCUCAGGACCUGAAAUAGACCUUGUGACAAACCAUUCAAGUAAUCCAGGACCAGGUAUGAAAGAACCUUGGCAUAGUGGACAACAGGUAGGGCAUAGAGAAAUAGGAAUUAGAUUCCCAGGUAUGCAAGGCAGGCACCCCAACAUUUGGAGUCCUAGACCACACAUACGAGACCCAAGGAUGGUGAUGCAGAGUUCAGAGCCAAAUAUGAGAGAGCCAGAUAUUCAGCAUCUCAGUACUGAUCGAGUUGGUUCAGGAUCAGUUGUGAGAGGUUCAGGGAUGAGGAGUCCAAUGCAAGAUAUGGAAAGUUCCAGGAUACAAGGCAUGAACUCAGAGGUAAAAGGUUUAGGCCUUGAUAUGAGACACAGGGAACCAGAAAUGAGAGGGCAAAAGUGUGUGCCAGCUGUUUCAAAUUCACAUAUGGGAGAAUCAGGCCUACACAAUGAGAGGAGAGAUCCAGUCAUGAGGGUCCAUUCAUCAGAUAGAUGUGGACCUGACAUAAGUGGCUCAGAGUCAAGAGACCCAUUAUCAUCUUUGCAUUAUCCAAGUCCAGAUACAAGGGGCCUGAUUGUAGCUGAUGAGCGGAGAAGCCAAGAUGUUAGGCCAGGUGUGGUGGAAACAGGGAGAGAUCAGUCUUUUAAGGAGCCACAGAUAGAGGUUAGGGCUCCAGAUAUUAUAGGAAGAGAUAGAGCCCAAAAAGAUAGAGGCGAAAGUCCACAUACUGGGGGUAUGAGAUCUCCAAUGAUGGGUGGAGGUGUACGAGAUCAGAGUCCAGUUGUAAGGAGUCCAGGCCCAUCUCUCAGGGACUCAAUAAGAGUUCAAAGGCAGUCAAGACAUGAUGGCAGUCUAGUUUUAGAGGAAAGGGGCCCUCAGAAAGGGGGUUUUCAGCCACAUGGAAGGAAUGCAGACUUUUGCAGGGUUAGUCAAGAAAGGAGUUUAGAUUCAAAUACAUCUCUGGAUUCAGAGGGUAGAACUCUUAGAACAGAUUUACAAAAUGCACUCAUAGGAGGACCAGGAUCAAUUAUAAGUUAUGAAAGUCGUGGGUCUAACAUCUCCUGCAUUGGACAAGACAGUAGUGGGCCCAGAGAACACUUCAAGGAGCCACAGACAGAUAUUAGGGCUGAAAGGAGUGUGCAUGGCAAGGACAUGAGAGAAUCGGAAACUAUGCAGGAACUAAGAAGGCAAGAUAUGACAAAUAGAAGUUAUAUUGGGCCUGGUCAAGAUAUCAAUAGUAUGGUUGUCUCAGAUAAAAGGUGUGAUACAAGUGAGUCACAUAAUAAAAGCCGGGGUCCACAUAUGAGGGAUCCAGAUUGGAGAAGUCCAGGAUUAGAUAUAAGAGAUGAUUGGAGAGGGCCAAAUAGGAGAGGAUUGGGUUCAGGUAGAGGAAGGCCAUUUAUGCAAGAUGAACUGAAUUUCCAUCAGCCUGUUAGGAGAGGUCCAAACAUGGAGAGCCAGGGGCCAGAUAGGGUACCAGUGGGUUCAGAUUUCAUAGCACCAGGACCUGAAAGGUUAGGACCUGAUAUGGAGGUCCCAGUGCAUGACAGAAGAGGGCCAGGAGGUCCAGAUUUCAGAAGACCAGAGCCUGAAAGGAGAGGUCCAACUGUGGACAUUCUAGGACCUGGCAUGAGAGGACCAGGGGAUGACUGGAGAGGUCAAACUUUGGGGGGUCCUGGAACUGACAGGAGAGGGUGUGGGGGCCCCUAUUUCAGAGGACUAGGACCUGAGAGAAAAGGCCCAGCUGUGGAAGGUCAAGGAGUUGACAUUAGAGGACAAGCAGGUACAGAUUUCAGGGGACCAUGGCCUGAAAGGAGAGGUCCUGAUAUGGUUGGUCCAGGGUCUGACAGGAAAGGACCAGGAGGUCGAGAUGUCUGGGGGCCAGGGCCUGAAAGGAGUUGCCCUGGGACUGACAAGCAAGAACCUGGAUGUUCUGAUUUUAGUGAAUCGGGGCCUGAAAGGAGAGGUCCUGAUAUGAUUGGUCCAGGGCCUGACAGGAGAAGACCUGAAGGUGCAGAUUUCAGAGGACCAGGACCUGAAAGGAGAGGUCCUACUAUGCAGGGUCCUGGACCUGGCAGGAGAGGACCUGGAGGUCUGGAUUUCAAAGGGCCAGGACCAGGGACUGACAGACGAGGAUCUGGAUGUCCAGAUUUCAGUGGAUCACGGCCUGAAAUGAGAGGUCCUGAUAUGGUUGGUCUAGGGCCUGACAAAAGAGGACCUGAAGGUCCAGAUUUCAGAGGACCAGAAUCUGAAAGGAGAGGUCCUUCUAUGGAGGGUCCUGGACCUGGCAGGAGAGGACCUGGAGGUCCAGAUUUCAGAGGGCCAGGACCUGGGACUGACAGACGAGGAUCUGGACAUCCAGAUUUCAGUGGAUCACAGCCUGAAACAAGAAGUCCUGAUAUGGUUGGUCCAGGGCCUAACAAGAGAGGACCUGAAGGUCCAGAUUUCAGAGGACCAGGACCUGAAAGGAGGGGUCCUACUAUGGAGGGCCCUGGACCUAGUAGGGGAGAGCAUGGAGGCCCAGAUUUCAGAGCUGCAGGACCUGAAAGGAGAGGUCCAGUUAUGGAGGCUGCAGGACCUAACAGAGGAGGACCCCGUGGGUCAGAUUUCAGUGGACCAGGGCCUGAUAGGAGAGGUCCUACUAUGGACAGUCAAGAGCCUGACAGAAGAAGACCAGGAGGUCCAGAUUUCCGGGGUCUUGGCCCUGAAAGGAGAGGACCAGGAGGUCCAGAUUUCCGGGAUCUGGGCCCUGAAAGGAGAGGACUAGGAGGCCCAGACUUAAGAGGUCCAGGGUGUGAAAGGAGAGGUCCCUCUAUGGAGAGACAAGGACCUGACAGGAGAAUUCCAGGAGCUCAUAACGCUGGUGGACUGGGUGCUGAAAGGAGAGGUUUUGUGGGAGAUUCUGGGCCUGACUUCAUAGUACUGGGGCCUGAAAGAACUGGACCAGGUAUGGAAGGUCCAGGGCCUCACAGUCAAGGACAGGGAACACCACAGUUCAGGGGUCCCGGGCCUGAAAGGGAACAUCUAAAUAUGGAGGGCCCAAGGCCUGACAGGAGAGGGCCAGGAGGUCCAAACAUGAUAGGACCAAGGCUUCAAAAUUCAAGUCCAAACUUAGAGGACCCAGGGUCUAACAGGAGACACCCAGAGGGUCCAAAUUUCAGGGGUCCUGAGCCAGAAAGAAGACCUCCAGAUAUGGAUGGACCAGAGUUUGAUAGGAGAGGUCAACGCUUUAGAAGAGUGAGGCCUGAAAUAACUGUUAUGGAGAGACAUGGGAAAGGUCUGAGAGGUCCAGAUUUUAGUGCACCAGGUUAUGAAUUUAGAGGUCCAGACAUUGAGGGCCCAGAUUCAGGAGGUUCAGGAUUUUGGGAACCUGGGCCUGAAAGGAGAGUUCCAGACAUGGAGGGCCCAAGACCUGACUGGAGAAGAUCAGGUGGUCCAGACUUAAGAGGCCCAGGCAUCAGACAGAGAGGUCCAAGUACAGAAGGUCUAAGACACAAUAGAGGUGAUGACUGGCAAGAAAGCCCAAGUAUAGAGGACCCAGGACCUGACAGAACAGGCCAAAAUCUGAGGGGUCCAAGGCUUUUGAGGAGAAACGUCAGAGAACCAGGGCCAGAUAUGAGCAGUCUAAAUCAGGGAGACAGAUGGAAAAGCACAGACACAGAACAACAGUGGUCAGAUGGGAGGGGGCCUAAUAUGGGGGAUGAAAGAGAAUAUUCAGGAGAUCCUUGGGAAGUACAUGGCAACAGAGGUCCACCGCCUGUCCAAGAUGGUCUAGAUGAGCAGGGCCAAGAGCAUUGUAGGCAAGGUCCUCAGAGUGAUUGGAGAGGCCCUGGAGGUAGGGGGCCUGCACCUAUACAGGAAAACCCAAAUAUGCCAUUUCCAGGGCCUGUAAGGGGUUCAGGAGAUAAUUGGAGUGGUCCUGGUUGCAGGGGUCCAGGGCGUGUCCACGAUGAUCAGAAUAUGAUGUGUUCAGGGCCAGGACAGAGGAGAGGACCUGGAAAUGAAUGGAGAGAGCCUGAUAGAGGAGUUGCAGGGCCAAAUAGAAGGGGAAUGGGGCUAUUUUUCAGAGGGGAAAGAGAUCCAGAUAAUAGAGAACAAGACCAUGAGAGAAGAGGUCCAGGUUUUAGAGGACCAGGAUCAGAUAUAAAAGGGGGUCCAGAUAUGGCAAAUGACUGGAGACAGUCAGACUUCAGGGGGAAUAUGACAGGGCCAAACAUGGAAGGACCAGGUACUCAUAGGGGAGGCCCAGACUUGAUGAAUCCAUGCCCAAACAGGAGGGGAUUUAAAAAUGAAGGUCUUAAUAGAACAGACCCUGGAGGUCCAGAUUUAAGACACCCAGGGCCUGGAAACAGAAGUUCAAACAUUGAAGGUCCAGGGACUGAUGGGGGGUUUUCAGAUUGUGGGGGGCUUGGAUCUGAGAGGCGAGGUGCAGACAUGGUUAGCCGUGGACCAGGUAGACUAGGAUUUGAACAUGAUUUUAGAAGGGAAAGGAGAGGUCCAGACAUGAGACCGCUAGGCCCUGAUAAAAGUUCAGAUGUAAGAUACGGGCCUGGUAGGUGGGAAACAAACAGUGAGAUGCCUGGGCAUGAUAAAAGAGGUUCAGACGAGAUGGGCCUGGGUUUCAACUCAAGGGGAUUUGAGCCAUCCCUGAAGAAUGACAUGCAAGCAAUGAGACAUUCAGAUCAUUCUGCAUCACUUCAUUUCAGUAGUCCUCAUCAGGUUACUAGAUUCCAAGGCCCUAGUGAUCCGCAUUUUGCACAGUUCAGUGGGCCCCCAGGUUCAGCUCCAAACAGUGGAGGAAAAUCAUGCUUGGGUUCUGACAACCCACAAAAUCAACAAUCCGUAAAACCCCAGAGACACAGAGCUGCCUUACUUCCCACUCCAACAGAAGGUCUCAUACGCUUCCCAAAUCAUAUAAUCAACAAUCAUGAUGUUUUCAGCCCAAAACAAAAACAAAUGGGUUUUUCUACAGACAGGGAGUGGAGUAGAAGUAGACCAGUGGGUCGAAAAAGAGAGUUAGUCCAAGAGCAAAGAGAGGAGCAUGAAAAAAGUCCUGCCCGUAAAAUAAGCACACCUGUAGAUGCAAACACAGGGCCUGGAAAAGAAAAAAGGGAUGACAGCAAUGAAACUAAAAUCAAAGAAUCAAAGAAUGAAUAGUGAUGUGAAUAAAAGCAAUGUUGAGCCAAGUUAGACACAAGCAAAAAAUAAAAACUAAAAAUCAAAACACAUGAUCCCCAUCGGGACAGUAAAGUUGCUAAACUAGACCUGCAAAAAUGUUCUGUAUCACCAUAUCGGAUAGAGAUAUUACAGCAUAACACACGCUGAAUGUAUUUUUCUCAAGGAAAGUAGUUGUCCAUGUCUUACUGGAAUUUCAACAUUACCUACAGUCAAAGCCAUGCAAGAUCAGACAUCGUAGCUUAUGGAAAUGCUCAGAGGUAUUUGAGUUCAUUAUGUUCUAAUUUUGUCUUGUGUUCACAGUAAAUGCAUUUAUUUUUGUUAAGUAGGACUAAAUGAAACACAGUGUGCAUUUCUAGAUGGAAGUAGUCUUGUGUACAGAAAAUGUACAGUUUUUGUUUCUUUGUUUUUUAACAUAGCCAUAGUGUCAGUACAGUAACCUUGAUCUGGCUUUUAUGUUCCUCUGCUGAUAAAAGAUGGCUUGUUUCAAGUCAAUAAAAGUGACUUAUACCUUUUUAAA